CCAUGAGGUAGCUUUCUUCACCAUUUUCUCUCCCAUAGCGCCCGUACCGACCCAAAGGCUCCCGCGCCGCCCUUCAUCAUGGCCCGCAACAGCGAAAAGGCGCAGUCGAUGCUGUUUCGAUUCCGCGCGCAGCAAGCGGCGGACCUCGGAAUCAUCGACAUCGGACGCACCCGUCGCCCCAAGGCCAUCACGUCGGUGGACUCGAUCCCCAUGUGCGAGAAAUGGCGCGGCCAAGUCCUCAAGGAAAUUUCGCGCAAAGUCUCGCGCAUCCAGGAGCUCAGCCUCAGCGACUACCAGAUCCGCGACCUGAACGACGAAAUCAACAAGCUGAUGCGCGAGAAAUGGACCUGGGAGAUGCAGAUACGGAACCUCGGCGGCCCCAACUACAUGCGUGGCUCGGGCCGUGUGUACGACGACGAGGGCAAGGAGAUCCCCGGCGGCGGCAAAGGAUAUCGGUAUUUCGGGCGAGCGAGGGAGCUGCCUGGUGUCAAGGAGAUGUUUGAGGCUGCGGCUCGUCGCGGUCGGAAGCCGGCGGAGGAGGACGACGAGGGCACUCGGGGACGCGGCGGUGAUAUCGCUACGAGGAAGGUGGAUGCCAAUUAUUUCGGCUACGGUCUGGACGAGGAGGAUGGGACGCUGCUGGCGUACGAGCGACAGAAGGAGAAGGAAGCCGGUGAACGCUUACGCAACAAAAAGGAAGACGAUGUCGAAGAUGGCUGGGAGCCUCUACCGGGAGAUGCUGGUGACGGCGUCGAGUGGCGAUUGCCGACUCUGGAUGAAGUACAAGAAGAGUUGGUGGAUCGGAGAAGGAGAAGACUCUUGGAUAAGAUCACCUGAGUCUGUCAUGGCUUUCUUUUUAUCUUUUCUCGCUCCAAUCUUUCUUCCCUCUUCAAAAUCCGUUUCAUGAGGCGUUCGGGGUGUACCUCUCUGCAUUGCUAUUUUCCGGUUUUAUCUUAUUAUUUUCUUCUUUUAACUUGUCGUUUAAACCAUGCAUCUUGAGCAAAAGGCUCAUUGACGAUACCAACACGAUUCGUUCUUUUUGUACUGUACAUUGGAU